UUGCUGGCUUGUUUGCUUGCUGCUUCACCCAUCUCCACUCCAUACAUACCACUUACUCUGCUCAACCACCCCUGCACCCCUCCUCCCGCCUCAGUCCCGCCUUUUCCUCGCUGCUCUCCUCUCUUCCGCUCUACAACUACCUCUACUCUUCCACCUACCACCGCCAUCUCUCUCCAUGUUGCCGUGAUGGGGGGUGAAAGUACUGUCGUGCCCCCCGACAUAGUCCCCCGCCAGUCCGUCUGCUUCUCUGGUCCUUUGCCCGGCAUGGUUCUUCAAAGCGACAAGCCUGGCUUCACCACCGAGCUUCUUCGACACUACAGCCCUGCCCAAAACAACGCAAUCGAAAAGCUCAUCUCCCUCAAAGACUCUCUUCGCAAAGCCGACUCGGAUACUUUCUGGCACCUGCUGACCGAGGGUCUCGCCAAUAUUGCCGACGCCCAGUAUGCCUUUGUCUCCAAGCGAAUCCUCAAGGACGAUAGAGAUGUUGCCGUCGAACUGCCGCCCAUCGGAGAACCCGGAGCCUGCUUAAUGGGCGCUGCUUUUUAUAUCAACGAUGGUCACCGCAUCAAAACUCACCUCACCAACUUCAAAUACCAUGCCUACUCGUGCCCCUGCGCCUACAUGAAACAUGACAAGAUCUUCAUCAUUCCCGAAAAGCUCAACGACUUCAUUGUCAAUAACCCAAACGAGUUGCUGAUUCCCGGAGAGGCCUACCUUGGAAUUCCCCUCUUUGCCGAUGGAAAAUGUUUUGCCCAUUUCGGUGUCAUGUGGGGCCCCGAAGGAGCUGCCCGCCGUCAGUUGAGUUGGGGUUAUCUUGAACUCUUGUUCCACAGCCUUGAAGACCUGAUUCUCGAACGUGUCCUCCAGGGAGAAAGUUUUGCACCAUCCGCCAAGGAAGUCAAGAUACCCGGCGGAGUCUCCGUCAUUCCCCACGAGGCUGUUUCCAUGGCUCAGUCGCUCAAACCGUAUGCCAGAAGUCUUUCGCACGAACUGCGCACUCCCAUGCAAGGGGUUGUGGGCAUGCUGGAUGUCAUGAUGGCAGACGUCAAGGAGGCCGCCGAGGAUCCCCACCAUUCACCCAGAAUACGUCAACUGCUCGAGUCAUUGCGAGCCAAUAUCGAGACUGUUCAAGAUAGCUCAAGGCGUGCCGUUGAAGCAGCCGACAAUGUGGUGCAUGCUUAUGACAUGAAUAUGGGCGUGCCGGAGACGCCCAUUUCGCCCCUCGAUACAGUUGCCCCCUACUACAACGAUCUUUUGAGCUCGAUACGACCUCAACCCGAAAUCCCAGUUUCCGGUAACACAUUACCCCUUGACCAGCUCCGUGGAACAAAAAGAAAAGCAGAAGAAAUUGCGACGUGGUCUAGGCAAGUCAGAGUAGCUCGGACCGCUCGUCAGCGCAUUAGGAACGCAUUGUCGGAGGACAUAUCCUCCAGCACAUCGAAAUCUACUUUUGUUAGCCCCAGCAAUCCCAAAAUCGACACCAUGGAAAUGACUUGCUCCCAUGGAUCAUCCGCAGCACUUUGUGACCACGACACGACCACUUCCCCUGUUUUUGCUUCCGAACAUUCCGUUGUUCCAGGCCUUCGACAUACUAAUCUACGCGACGUGCUGCAGUAUGUAAUCAACGAUGCGUUGAAGGUUGGAGGACGUCCGGAAUCGGCCAUUGCACAGGAGAUACCGUUAGGGGAGAAGAUUGAGGUCCUCACACGAAGCCCCAGCGAUCAGGCAACGACCAAGUCGAUUGAAUGGACAGUCACCGAAGAUGUUCCCGAGACCAUCUUGAUUGACGAGAAAGACUUGGCCAAGAUGAUCUCCUGUGUUACGUUGAACGCGAUCAAAUUCACGGAAAACGGCACGAUAGCACUCACGGCCACGCUCAGCCCAAAGGGCCGUUAUAUUGUUAUCAACAUCAAAGAUUCUGGAUCUGGAAUUCCGGCUGCUUUUCUUCCUAACCUAUUCAAACCUUUUGCUAGGGAAGACGUCUCUACUACUCGCCAAAGCGAGGGUCUGGGUCUAGGGCUGAUGGUCGCCAAAGGGCUAGCCCGCAAACUCGGCGGAGAUCUAUUCUGCCUCCGAUCCUAUGUUUCGGGCCCAGAAAAGGGAACAGAGUUUGAAAUGCGUGUUCCGCUUAAACCUGGCGAAGUAUGCAGUCGUCCAUCCUCUCGAUACGGAUCGCCCACACCAUCGGUGAAAUCUCGUCCGUCACAGGAUCCAGUGCCUCUGGUAAAUGUUACGCCAAACCCAGUGACACCUCCUCUAUCUACCGAGAAUAAGGACAUGGACAGUCCCCCUGCAUCUAAACUGGCUCCCGCGCUACAUCAGCUUGGACUUCCAUCCCCCCGGUCUGCUUCACCAGCCCAGGGUCGUGCUGCGUCCAAGGCCAGGUUGAUCAACAAUGACAAGUACAACAAGAAACUUGCCAGCAGUCACCCAGCCAAUAUUCUAGUGGUGGAUGACAACCGCAUCAAUCGCCAAGUUUUGCGGGCUAUGCUCAAGAAUUUGGGAUACACGAAUAUUUUUGAAGCGUAUGAUGGCAACGACGCCGUUCAGCAAAUGGCCAAGAACUCUGUGGCAGCGGCCCACGAGGCGAUCAACGUGGUUCUCAUGGAUCUGUGGAUGCCACUCCUUGACGGGUUUCAGGCGACGCAACAGAUUUUGAAGAUGGAGAGGGGUGGGCGUCCGACCCCCACCAUUCUUGCCGUGAGUGCCGACGUGACGGAUGCGGCCAUUGAACGGGCGGGCAAAGUCGGGAUGAAGGGAUUCGUCGCCAAACCCUUCAUCAUCAAGGAUGUUGAAAAGCUGAUUGUGGAACACUGUGCAGCAGUUGAUGUCAUGCACGGAGUUGUAGUAUGA